UUAUAGUUGAAUGAUGAGUACCCUAAGCCCCAAUGGUUUGGGGACCCUACAGAUUAAAUGGGAUCCCAAAAAUUUGGAGAUUCGUACCAAAUCAGUAGAAAAAACACUGGAGCCCUUGGUCACACAGGUGACAACAUUGGUGAAUCAAAAAAGCCCAUCCAAUAAAAAGAAGGGACGAUCCAAGAAAGCGCACAUCCUCAGUGCUGCUGUACAGAGAGCUACAGAAAACUUCAUAGCCAAGGGACAGGAAAUCGCCAAUGAGAACCCGGAUAUCAGAGCUGAUCUUAUCGCAGCAUUGGAGGAAGUUAAGAAAACAGGAGAGGAGAUGAGAGAUGCCUCCCAGGACUUUGCUGCUGAUCCCUGUUCUUCCAUGAAACGGGGUGCCAUGGUGCGGGCUGCCCGAGCUCUCCUAUCAGCUGUCACCAGACUCCUUAUCUUGGCUGACAUGGUGGAUGUUCACCUGUUAAUGAAAUCUCUUCGACUGGUGGAGGGUGACCUUGACCGUGUGAGGAAUGCUGCUAGCCAGCAAGAGCUCAUGGAAGGUUUCAAAGACUUGGGAGAAAGUCUGGCUGACUUAGCAGCUAAGGCUCAACAGAGACAAAAUGAUCUGAAGGAUCCUCGUAGACGGGAUGAAAUUGCAGCUGCUCGGGCUGUCCUCAAGAAAAAUAGUAUGAUGCUACUAACAGCUUCCAAGGCUUAUAUUCGUCACCCAGAACUGGCUCCUGCUCGAGAGAAUCGCGACUUUUCUUACCGUCAGCUCCUAGACGCUGUCAACACGAUCUCCGGCGUAGCCCAGGCGUCUGGUGCUUCUGAUGCUCAUCCUUAUGAUGGGGCUGGAGAACUGGCUGCUGCACUUGAUGAACUCAUGCAAAAGAUCAUCAUGGAUCCGUUAUCUUAUAAUGAAGUACGAACACGACAGUCCUUAGAGGAGAGGUUGGAAAGUAUCAUCAGUGGUGCUGCCCUGAUGGCCGAUUCCUCCUGUACUCGUGACGAUCGCCGAGAAAAGAUUGUACGAGAAUGUAACAAUGUUAGACAGGCACUUCAAGAUCUUCUCUCCGAAUACAUGAAUAAUUGUCACGUACCAGCUUCCUUGUAUGGAAAGUUGAACCCCUCCGUGGUUCAGCAAGUCAUUGGCUUUCCAACGGGACGCAGUGAGCCAAGUGAAGGACUGGAACAAGCAAUAGAAAACAUGCAGAAGAAAACGCAGGACUUGCGUAGACAGUUGAGGAAAGCUGUGGUGGACCAUGUGUCCGACUCCUUCCUGGAGACAAAUGUACCAUUACUGGUCCUUAUCGAGGCAGCCAAGGCAGGAGACGAGAAAGGUGUGGAGGAGUAUGCUAAGGUGUUUGAGGAACACGCCAACAAGCUUGUGGAGGUGGCGAGACUUGCCUGCUCUAUGUCCAGUAACGAGGAGGGCGUGAAGCUUGUCCGCAUGUCUGCGGCUCAGAUAGAGAGUCUUUGCCCACAGGUCAUAAAUGCUGCUCGCAUUUUGGCAAGUCGUCCAAGGUCAAAGGUUGCACAGGAGAACAUGGAUGUUUUCAAGGAUACAUGGGAAGGUCAGGUGAGGAUUCUUACUGAUGCUGUGGACGAUAUUACAACCAUCGAUGACUUCCUUGCAGUGUCAGAAAGUCAUAUCCUGGAGGAUGUGAACAAGUGUGUACUGGCCCUACAGGAGGGAGACGCUGACACACUCGACCGAACAGCUGGGGCCAUUCGUGGACGGUCAGCGCGAGUAUGUAAUGUGGUGUCGGCCGAGAUGGACAACUAUGAGAAUGGUCAAUACACUGACAGGGUCAUGGAAGCUGUUGCAAUGCUUCGAGAUCAAGUAAUGCCUAACUUCGCGGAGAAGGUAGAAAUGGCUGUGGAUGCACUUAGCAGUAAUCCCCCACGUGACCCUGAUGAGAGCGAGUUUUAUGACGCAUCCCAGUUGGUUUAUGACGGAGUGCGAGACAUUCGACAGGCAGUGCUAAUGAACAGGAAUCCUGAAGACAUUGAGACAGAUACAGAGGUGGAUUAUGAUGAGAACAGAGAUGAAUCCAUCAGUAGAUCGAGUUACAAGACUGAGCAGGACGACCAGAACAAUGAACGAUGGAUGAUGCGUCAUCUGCCGGAGGAUGCUAAGGAGAAAAUCCAACAGCAUGUUCAGGAGUUCCAAGUUGAACGUCGCAAGCUUGACUACGAGGUGGCUAAGUGGGAUGACAGUGGCAAUGAUAUCAUUGUCAUGGCAAAAGAGAUGUGUAUGAUUAUGAUGGAGAUGACAGACUUCACCAGGGGACGAGGACCACUGAAGAGUACCAUGCAUGUCAUCAACGCUGCCAAGAAAAUCUCGGAGGCUGGAACUGGUCUUGACAAACUUGCUGGAUCUAUCGCUGAUCAGUGUCCUGACUCAGCAUCCAAAAAGGACCUGUUGGCGUACCUCCAGAGGAUCGCCUUAUACUGUCACCAGCUUAAUAUUACCAGCAAGGUCAAAGCCGACGUCCAGAGUGUCAGCGGAGAGCUCAUUGUAUCAGGGUUGGACAGUGCGACAUCUCUGAUCCAGGCAGCCAAGAACCUGAUGAAUGCCGUUGUACUGACAGUGAAGGCCUGCUAUGUAGCCUCCACCAAGUACAAGAUGGCUGGAUCAAAGAGUUCCGUGGUUAUGUGGAAGAUGAAAGCACCAGAGAAGAAACCAUUGGUCAUGAAAGAAAAUCCACGUGACAUUCGCGGCAAAAUACGCAAGAGUGCACCAAAGAAGAAAAUUGAACCUGUGAAGGAACUAAGCGAAUUUUCAGAACUAAAUAUUGACAGCGCGUGCUAAUAGCUUUACUAAAUCUUGGACUUGAGACGCAAAUUGUUUAAGCUUGAAUGACUUAUGAAUGUGGAAAUUUCAGGAGUUCUCUGAAGAUAUUGAGUGGAUUAUUUGUUAAGAUGGGAUGUUGUGGUCAGUUGUUUGCUGAUCUGAUGUUUUCAGAUGUAUCAAUGUUUUGAAAGACAAGUAUAAAACUUUGUCUUGGAAAAGCCACAAUGAAAGGACAAUUUUGAAAGAUGAGUAUAAAAUUUUGUCUGAGAUCUGCCACUGUGACAGUUUUGAAAGAUGAGUACAAAAUUUUGUUUGGGAUCUGACACUGUGGCAAGAUGUAUCAACAAGGUUGUGGAUUGGAAUUUGUGUUGAUGAUCAUGUGACUAUGAUGCCAACAGCAGGAAAUGGUUGUGUGUUAUCAGUAAUAGAGAAUUAUAUUGAAUAUGCAUGAAAGUAUUCACAGAUUAUAAUACAUAACUGCCUGUUAAAUUAAUAUUAUCUCCAUUCAUGUUGAUGUGCCCACCAUCUGCAUGUGACAUCUUUCUGACCUUGCUUCUGUUGUCACAUGGGUAAGUGUUGUUAUGUUGUUUAUCUACUUUCAUCAUAUCGUAUACUGCCAUUACUGUGCAGAAUUUAAGUUUAUUAUGUCUUAAAUGCUGCAUAGUGCUUGUCCAUCACGGGGUCUAAUUUUGAUCAAUCUAAUUAAAUUACUGCAUGUCUAAUUUUAAUUAGAUUUUAUUUUGAUAAAUUUGAUUUACGGUUUUAUGCCAUUGAUUGGUAAAAAGUUGAGAAUAAACCUUCUGAGGAAAACCGUAAAAUUUUAAGUUAGUAACUUUAUAUCUAGUGACCCAUCAGAUUUUCUUGUUCAUUUGUGAUGGCACAAAACUGUAAAUCAUGGAUUUUUAAUACUUUGACUUCAAGUUGUGCUUAAAUGAAUAUAUAUUUUCCUGAAUUUGAAUCUGAAUGAAAAAGGAUUAAUGAAAAGUCUUACUCCUGUUUUGUCCAGUAAUAUCACUAUGAUAUCAAAUUCAUGGAAAUAUUUUAAAUUUUCGUCUGGAAUUUAUGAAUUGUAAGAUUGAAUAUAGGUAAAUACACCUGGGAUCUGACCACAUAUCACUAAAUCAUAUCACUAGGAAACCUGCGAUGUUUACUAGAUAUCUCGCUCCUCAAUAUAAUGUACUUAGAUGGUCAAAGAUAUUUCUGCAGCAUUUAUUUUUUGAUAGAUUUGAGUAUGACAUAAUUUUGGUGGUUUUUUUUUUAGCAUUUUUCCCUUCACUCAAAGUGAAAAUCAUUUCCAUCAGCAAUAUACAUACACAAAAGUUUUUCUCCUUUACUUGAUUUUAGGCUACGUCCAUAUCAAGUGUAUUUCCAUGAUUUUUUUUCAAUUUAUAUUUGAAAUAUUUUCAUAUUCGGUGAAAUAGAUUUAUUAUAUAAUUGAUAUGGUUGACAAUUAAAAAGUGCUAUAUAUAGGAUAUGUAACCAGAUCCAGACAUGUACACAUUGGUGGCACUAGAAAUGGAAACAUGUUGGUUAGAAAUCGGUCAGAAAUCCUGUAUCAACUUUUAAUAUAUCUGUACUGUAAAUUUAUCAUAGGCUUUUGGAUGUAAAUGGAGAUCAUUAUCUCACUAAUUUUGGAUAGAUAUAAAGUGGAAAAAUACAGAUUUUAGAAAAAAUAAGAUCAGUCUGAAAAAUCACAAUUCAUUUUAUAAUUUUACUUGAAGUGAGUUCCUAUAUGUUCAAAUUUUUGGCAAAGCCGCAUUUUUUUUUAACAUUAAAAAGGGCAAACUUAGAAGUAUUUUCAGAGGUUGUGUAAGAUUGUGAAUAAAAGUAUCACUUGUUUGUAUCUCUACCCUUUGAAACACAUGCUAUUGAAAUCCUCACAAAUUAAGUCUCAGAGAUACAGUAUUGCAUGAAGAUGCUUCAUACACUUUGUUACAGGUCAUUAAUUUGUACAUAAUUUUAUACAUGAGGAACGUAUAGACAUCAUGUCAAUUUGCCAUUGAAACAUGUUGUGCAGAUAUAUAUAUAUAUUUUUAGGGAAUAUAACGGAACAUGCUGUUUAUUUGUAUAUUUUAGAAUCUCAGUAGAGACGCUGGACCUAGUCAUAGUAGUCAGUAGUGUUAUAUAGUUGUUACACAUUGGACUGAUCCUUCACUGAACCUUAACUGAACCUAGGACUGAUAAUCAGACUGAUCCUUAGACU